GCGCCUCUUGGCGGGAGCGGAAGCGACGCUGCCCGGGCCGCCGUAUGCGCCGCACGUCCCGGUGGCCGCGGAGCCGGCGCCGAGCUGGAGGGGACGGUCAGGACGGCGCAGAGAAGGCCAGAGGGCAGGCGGAGACAUGGCGACGGGGGCAGAUGUACGGGACAUCCUGGAGCUGGGAGGCGUGGAGUCAGAGAAUACGGGCACCAUCAACAAAAAGGACAUCAUCAACUCGGAUAAGAAAAAAUCCAAGAAGUCUUCAGAGACAUUGACGUUUAAGAGGCCAGAAGGAAUGCACCGAGAAGUUUAUGCACUUCUCUAUUCUGACAAAAAGGAUGCACCUCCACUGCUGCCAAGUGAUACAACUCAGGGUUAUCGAACAGUCAAAGCAAAACUGGGCUCCAAGAAAGUCCGGCCUUGGAAGUGGAUGCCUUUCACCAACCCAGCGAGGAAAGAUGGGGCAAUGUUUUACCAUUGGAGGAGAGCAGCAGAGGAAGGGAAGGAUUACCCUUUUGCCAGGUUCAAUAAAACAGUGCAGGUUCCUGUCUACUCAGAGCAGGAGUACCAGAUGUAUCUCCACGACGACGCGUGGACCAAAGCUGAGACAGACCAUCUCUUUGACCUGGCUCGGCGCUUUGAUCUGCGCUUCGUGGUCAUUCACGACCGCUAUGAUCACCAGCAGUUCAAGAAAAGGUCAGUAGAGGAUCUGAAGGAACGGUAUUACCACAUUUGUGCCAAGCUGGCAAACAUUCGUGCGGCUCCGGGCACAGACCUGAAAAUCCCAGUCUUUGAUGCUGGCCAUGAGAGACGAAGGAAGGAACAACUGGAAAGGCUUUACAAUAGGACACCAGAGCAGGUGGCAGAAGAAGAAUACCUCAUCCAGGAGCUCCGCAAAAUUGAAACCAGGAAGAAAGAGAGAGAAAAGAGAACCCAAGACCUGCAGAAGCUUAUCACAGCUGCUGACACCACCACUGAGCAGAGGCGUGCUGAGCGCAAGGCUCCCAAGAAGAAGCUGCCACAGAAGAAGGAGACAGAGAAGCCUGCUGUUCCUGAGACUGCUGGCAUCAAGUUUCCUGACUUCAAAUCUGCAGGUGUCACGCUGCGGAGCCAGAGGAUGAAACUGCCAAGCUCGGUGGGACAGAAGAAGAUUAAAGCCCUGGAGCAGAUGCUGAUGGAACUCGGAGUAGAUCUCAAUCCUAUGCCCACAGAGGAGAUUGUGCAGAUGUUCAACGAGCUGCGGAGCGACCUGGUGCUGCUGUACGAGCUGAAACAAGCCUUUGCCAACUGCGAGUACGAGCUGCAGAUGUUACGGCACCGCUACGAGGCCCUGGCCAAAGCUGGGAGCAUCGGCCCCCUCAGCGUGGAAGGUGCCCAUCCAGAUGGCCAGACAGGGCUUGGCAUCGAGGAGGGCAAGGGAGAUACCAAGGACCAGAUCAUUGAUGUAGUAGGAGCACCACUGACCCCCAACUCGGUGAGGAGGAAGGUCGGGGGGGCAGAACAGGGUGCACUCAGGUCUCCGACGCAGAUGCCCUGACAAGCGCUGGGAAUGCUGCCCUGCUCUCCCUCCAGGCAUGUGCGUUCAAGGGAGCAGAACACGCCUGUUCCCCCCCAAGUCCCAGUGCUGCUCUCUGGGCUUGUCUCCUGUGCUGGACAGUGUUCUUGGUGCUACAGGUGGGGUCAGCAGGGCUUUCUACAUCCUGCAUGCAGGCAGAUGGCUUGGCGUGGGUGCCACCGUGGACCAAAGCGGCGAGGCUUUGGGUGAUGGGAGCUUGUUCUAGGGCAGCAACAGUACAGCUGCAGGCCUGUGGCAUUUUCCCUCUAGACACAGCCCCGUACAGGUUGCUCAGCAGAGGGAAGCGAGUGGGGAAAGCAGUCUUGAGGUGACGAGACAUGACCUGCCCAAGACCCUGGAGUCAAGCAGCAGCUCUGCCUGGAGCAGGAGGCUUGGGAAGGAGAGAGGAGUUUGAAGAGCCAAGGAGGGUUUUUAUACCCUACUUCCAGUGCCAAGAAGGAAAAGCCAGGCCUAGGGCUUCUUCCAGUGCAAGCCCUGUGGCAAUGUCCUGUGCAUGUACCUCUGCAGGAUGUGAAUCACGGGCCUCUCCUCCCUGCCUCCAGAAGGGCAGGCUGCCCAGCCCCUCACCACUGCCUCAGGGCCAAGGGCAAGCCUGGGGAUCAGCUGAGGCUGCUUUCCCUUCUGUGCGGCCCCCUGGCACAGCUGAGCUGAACUGCCUGAUGAAAGCUGCCCAUCUCCACACCGUGGCAUCCCCAACGCCUCCGACACACUGCCCCUGGUAGCGGCACAGACCUUUACUUUCUAAAAUGUAUAAUGUAUUGCAGGAUAUUGAGAACACCUUAUCUGUCAAUGGCAGAGGCGACACGUUAACCUGGACUUGAGUAAUGUCCUAUUUGAUUGUGACAAUGUUGAGUCGUAAGGAAGAGUUCUACUGAGACAGGUUCAUGUUUGUAAA